ACUGCCUGGGACUUUGGGGCUGGAGCCACGCAGUCCUCUCAAAGGAGGCCCAAACGUAAGCAGUUUCUCACUAGCUCCCUGUCUCUUCCUAUAUCAAUUCUGUUUCCACACUGACUGGUCAGGACAAAGCUUGAAGCAAAAGGGAAGUUCUUGGCUGCUGAGUGGAGGCGGAGAUGUCGGAGGGGCCCUCGAGGAUCACGGGGCCUAUUCCUCCCGACCCCACCCUUUGCCCGGAUUACUACAGACGUCCCCUGUCAGCACGGGGGAGGCUGGAAGGGAACUCCUUGAAGCUGGAUCUGCUCCCUGGGCCCCUUCCUCCAGACUCAACCCUCUACCCCGCAUUGUACAGCCCUCGCCUCGCCCAGCCCCCUCCGCGGAUUAAACCCAAUGCCAAGGACAUCCUGGAGAUGGGCCAGAGAGGCACCGUAGGAGCUCUGCUACAGCUGGAUGGGAUUUCCUUCUGCCAAGAGUUCCCCAAGCCAGGGAAGGAGUGCAAAGACUACGAGAAGGUGAAUCUGAGGCGCCUGAGAGAGAUUCAGAGGAAGUGUCGCGAGAAAGAGCAGGCCCGGGAACUCAGCCAACCCAAGCCUGUGAAAGCCCUGUGGAAGUCGGCCAAGUAUGAGAAUGUGGAGUCCAAAGUGAAGGCUAAGCUGCAGGAGAGGUCUGUGCCUCCAAAUCCAGAAGCUCAGAGUUUCCUGAGAGCCUACUCCCGCUGUGGCACAGGGAUUCACCCACGCAGGCCGCUGGCCCAAAACCCUGCUCAGUUGAGAACAGCGGAUGCUGCAACGGUGCAAGACCCUAGGGAGAAUGCCAAAGAGAAUGUCAAGGUGGACUUCGUCAGCCACAAUGCCCAGAACGCCAAACGAGCCCAGCUGCGGCGAUCGCGCUCCCUGCAGUCACUCACCGAAGUGCUGGAGCAGAAACGCAAGGAGCAGGAAGAGUACGAUGCCAAGCAGAAGGGCCACGUCCCCCGCUACCUGAUGGAGAGGAAGGACCUCUGGCGCAGAGAAGCAGAGGAGCGCCGGCGCAACAUGCCUGAUCCCGCCAUGCCCCCAGGCCACACCCUCAUGCCGGAGAGCCAGCGAGUGGAAACGCUGAACAACCUCAAACAGAGCCAGGAGCAGCUUCUGAAGGACCUCCUGCUGCUUCCAGUGCGAGCCGACACCCUGAACCUGCAAAACAGACGGGUGGGGCUAGAGAAGAAGCUGUCGCAGAUAGAGGAAGCCCUCAAGAUCUUCUCCAGGCCCAAAGUCUUCAUCAAGCUGGAUUCCUAGGCAGGGACUAGUCAGGAAGGCAUCCUGUAUACCGUCAGCCACUCUCUGCCUUGCCUUAAUUUACAUGCAAGUAGGAAAACCUGCAGAAAAGGGGGCAGGAGCGAAGAGAAGUCUCUCCCCCCAGGAGUCUCGGUGUUGCCAGAACUCUGAGCCCACCUGAAGCCGCAGCUUGGACUGGAAAGAGUCCCCUCCAGGGCAUAAGUGGAGGGUGUGUGCGGGGAAGCGCACGCAGGAGCGCCGCUCGCAUAGAGCCAGCUCACCCAUUGGCCCCUCUCAGCCUCCCCCGGUGUUGGUCCCAGAAAUGCAAGAGGUAGCCACGGCAAGCUUCACACGCACCUAGUGCCACGAGGACUGCCUGCGAUUUUUAACUAGUUGGAAGGUUUUGAAAAUAAAGCAGC